GCUCCUCCAUGCUUUUCAUACCGCCCAAUGCCAAGGCAUAUAUAUGCAUUUCAAAUACAGCUUAAUCGUCCGUAUAACUCUCCUGUCAAGCAAAUUUGUACACUCUUUAAAAAUUUUGAUAGGUCUAAAAAUGAUAAUAGAAAGAACACAAAAGAGAAACCCCAUCAAGUAAAAGUUGUUUUUAUGAGACGUAGGGAGGUGGUCCAAAACUUUUCCUCUGUGCAAUGGUGGAAAUCUUAGUGUGCAUUUCCUCUAGGCGCUUGGAAUGGAUGUGAUCUCUUCGAAUCAGACGACAGUUUUUCCAGAAACUACCACAGAAGCUUAUGAUCAUGAGGGGGCCAUGAAAUUUAUCAUCAGCACCGUUCUGGUAUAUUCUCUCCUUGGAAUUGUGUCCAUGAUGGUCAGUCGUCUGCGAAAGAAAUCCAACAGCUAUCGUCGUCAGCUGGAUGAUGACGUUCAACAUUUUAUCAAAACAGGAAAAACACUUCGAGAAUCUUUUCGCAGACAACAGCUAAUUUUUCGUCGAAACACUUUUGUUAAAAUGAUCAAAACCAAUGAAACUAUCGACGAACUUGAUUUAAGAAUGGAAGAAGGAGAAGAGGACAAUGACGAUAAAGAAAACAAGCAAACUGACGAGAAUAGACCUAAAGUCACGUUUCAUAUUGAAAAUGAGACUGAGAGAGAAAUGGAACAGUUAGAACUAGAAGAAUUGCCUGUAAAGACAUUCGCUGAUUCAUCUUGCCAAACAGACGAUGAGGCAUCCUCAUAGAAAUUAUUCUUUGUUUGCUAACCCUAUUAACCAAUGCCAACAGCACCGACCCGAAAGUUCCGGAGUAUGAUGCUCAUGGUGCCAUGUUAUUCGUGGUGGCCACGGUUCUGGUAUAUGCUGGCGCCGUUGUCGC